GGUGGGUGGGCGCAUAUCCUAUCAGAGAGAGAAGGCCGAGCGUUCUCUGGAAAAGCGGAAAGAAAAUGGCGGCCGUGGCUGCGGAGGCUGGAGCUGCUGCGGCAUCAACAACACCACCAGCGGGGGACAGAGUGGGGCCCGAGCCGGAGAUACUGCAACUAGCCCAGGCGGAGCCCAAAAUCGAGGCCGAGGCUGCGAAGGAGCUUGUUUCACAAAUGGACCCCAUUCCUGAUCAUGGGGAUGUCGCUCCGGAAUGCAGCAGCUUGGUCAGCGCUGAGGCAGAGGGCAGGCCAGAUCCAGAUCCGGAGACCGCGGGAAAGUCUUAUAUUAAUCCCAGCGAGCAGCAGGAGAAUGAUACAGUGAUGGUAUUAGGAGGUGAAGUGGAGACUGUGACCCCUCCGGCAGACCACGACCAGGGAAUGGAGCGGACAGCGGAGCGUGAGAGUGAGUAUAGCGGCGGAGAUCCGGAGAUAGCGUCUGAUCCGGUUGCUGGCAACGAGGUCAGUUCUGAUGAUUUUCAAGCUUAUCCCGAACCCAGGGUUAUUUCUGAUCUAGUGGUUGAGGCGAUCUCGAAUCCAGACCCCGCUCCUGCAUUAGGAGAAGCUGAGCUGGAAGCACCUUUGUUGGAGGAACGUUUGGCAACUGAUGAUCACACGGUCCAUACAGAACCAGACGAGACCGAACCCAUUCAAACGGACGGUGAAGCCCAAACUGUGAUCGAGCCAUUGCCAGAGAAUAAACCGGUUCUUGAUGGUGUGGUUACUGAUCUGAAGGAUGAGAGUGCUGUGGGGCAGUCGUUUGCUGAGUCUGGUCCACACUGUUCUUCAAUAGCGACCCAAGACUCGAACAUUAUACCGAUACUGGAAAACGAGAAACUGUUUGGGACCGAUUCAGUUCAAAAUAAAAACAAUGACGUUAACAGUACUGAUAUAGUGCAGCCGCCUGUUUUAUUAUUUGAAGUUAACUGCGUUGCUUCAGAACCAGAGGAACUGGUGGUACCGCAGCAGUUCGAGAUGGAAACCCAAAAGGGCGAACCAGAAACGAAGCCGAUGGCAGAGGAGGGUUCUAUUGUGGUCCACACAGAGACAAUCGCCGAGCUAAUCCCGGGAUCCGAGGUACGGGUCAUGCUGGAUCACAUAAUCGACGAUGCGCUGGUGGUGUCCUUCCGAUUUGGCGAGAAAAUAUUCUCUGGGGUCCUUAUGGACCUGUCCAGAAGAUUUGGACCCUAUGGAAUUCCAGUGACUGUGUUUCCCAAAAGAGAAUACAGGGAUAAACCAUAUUCUAUGCAGCUAAAGACUGAAGCAUUCCAGGCAGAGACAGAGAAGGGUCAGUGUGAAGCUACAGGGGAUGCCCCCGAGGACCCUGCCAAGAAUCCACUUGUGCCGACCAACCAAUGGACUUCUAAACCUCCGCCUUUGUUCCAUGAAGGAGCCCCUUACCCUCCGCCUUUGUUUAUCAGGGACACUUACAACCAGUCAAUACCUCAGCCCCCUCCGCGGAAAAUUAAAAGGCUGAAGCGCAAACUGUACCGGGAAGAGCCCACGUCUAUUAUGAACGCCAUUAAACUUCGGCCGCGACAGGUACUGUGUGACAAGUGCAAGAACGGCAUUGUGCCGGACAAGAAGGAUGUGAGAAAAAGUCACUCUGACUACAGGGGCGAGGAGAGCAAAAAAAGGCGGAACGAGAGCGUGGCGACUGUGAACAAGAGGCUUCGAAGUGAGCUUAAGGUGGAGGAGAAAGGCCGCAGCACAGAGGGAGCGAAACGCCACGCUGCUGUAGUCAAGGUCUCCAGCGUGGCCCCGACCAAAGGUGGCGGCAGCAGGGUAGUCAAAGUGACUGCUGCAGCUUCCCAGGUGAACAGCUCACGGGUGCAGCUCAACACCAAAAAAGUGCUGCAGAGCAAGAACGUGGAUCACUCCAAGGCACAGGAUGUGCUGAAGAUGUCCAAGGAGAAAGUGCAGAAGCGGCAGCGGGAUAGCGGUGGCGGUGCCAGCGCGGCGGCUUCCAAGGGAACCAUUCAGAAAGUCCACUUCACCCGGCGCCUCCAGAACAGCAGCGGCAACGCGCCCCCCCUGCCACCCAGGAUACGCAUCAAGCCCCAAAGGUACCGUAACGAAGAGAACAACUCUUCCUCUUGUAAAGCGGGCUUUGAUAAAGUGCAGGGCUGCUGUAAAGGGGUGCCCACGACUACUCCACCCUGUUGCACCUCGACUCGCUCCUCAGCAGGUGAGGCCCCUUCUUCUGAAAACCAGAGCCCUGCUAAAAGCCCCGAACCUGAGCCAGAGUCUGAGCCCAUGCCUGAUCCCCAGCCCGAUCCCCAGCCCGAGCCUGAAGCUAACCCUGAGCCUGAGCCAGGGCCAGAGGCCGAGGCCACAGAUGAGAAUAAAGACCUGGUAGUGGUGUCUGAGGAGAAGGAGCAGGAGGAGAAACGGGAAAAGAGAGGCAGCAAGGGCAAUAUCACAGUUUACAUGACCUUAAAUCAGAAAAAGCCAGACUCGUCUAGUGCUUCGAUGUACAGUAGUGAUAGCGCAGAUGACCUUAAAUCGUCCAACUCUGAGUGUAGCUCUACCGAGACCUUUGACUUUCCUCCUCCCGGCUCUUUGCACGCACCCUCCACCUCCAGCACCACCACCACCAGCACCACCACGACAUCCUCCUCCUCCUCCUCCUCCUCCUCCUCCUCCUCUUCGAAGGAAGAGAAAAAGCUCAGUAAUUCCUUGAAAGCAAAAGUCUUUUCCAAAAAUGUCUCUAAGUGCGUGACUCCAGAUGGCAGGACCAUAUGCGUAGGGGACAUUGUGUGGGCCAAAAUAUACGGCUUCCCUUGGUGGCCGGCCCGAAUCCUUGCUAUAACCGUGAGCCGCAAAGAUAACGGUCUUUUAGUCAGACAGGAGGCCCGGAUCUCCUGGUUCGGUUCCCCGACGACUUCUUUCUUGGCUCUCUCGCAGCUCUCCCCCUUUUUAGAAAGCUUCCAGUUGCGCUUUAACAAGAAGAGAAAGGGCCUGUACCGCAAGGCCAUCACAGAGGCAGCCAAGGCUGCCAAGCAGCUGAGUCCUGAGGUGCGGGCACUGCUGACACAGUUUGAGACGUGAAACAUGGCAGGAAAGGAAGCACAGCGACACUAACAAGCUGCUGAUUGGUCCCUGAAGUCCACUACAACUCUGCCACUUUUUGGGAGUCUACAGAGAGAGAGGGUACCCCAUCCCAGGCACAAGAGAAUGAAAACCUUAUUUUACCUGAUGAGAAAAUAUUUUAUAAAUAGAAAAUAAAAAGAUUUUGCAAUAAGUAUUGCAUGUGUGGAGAUUCUCUAUAUUGUAAAGUUUAGGGACCCACUUUGUAUUGAUAGUGUAGCAUCCCUUUGAGUCUAUAAUGUUUCCAUAUGGAUGUUACCCUUUUUGAGUUUCUUUUAAAACGAGGGCUGUGAUGAGAAGGUUUUGCUUCCUAUAAUAUUUUGAGCGGAGCCUUGAAUGGGUGGAGCUUGAAGCCCUGAUGCUGCUAAAGGUGCUAGACUUCUCAGAAUGAACCGUACUACUGGAGUGUUUGCUACUCGCUGACUCGCGUUGUCACUCGCUCACGCAGCGCUAGAAGCCUCCUCAGUUUAAGCACUAUAAUCCAUGCAGAGCAGCUCGCAUACAGCAUAGUGUAGAGUACAGUAUGAAGUUUCUGUCUGCAAUCUAUCCAAAAUCCAUUUUGGCUGGUUACUACUUGAGGCUGAAACCAAUCUUUUGAGAUAUUGGUUACAGUAUGUUUUUUUUUUGUUAAAAAUAUAAAUUAUCCAACUGAAUCCUUGUGAAUACCUCAUUCGGAAGGCAGGGCUCCGUCUCUUUUUAGCUGCCUUUCCGACUGAUAAGUCUAAUACCCGUACCAGCAAAAUCUGUCUAUGCAACUUCUUUUGGAUUCGCAUUACAUGACACACUUGAUUUUAUUAAUUAUUUGACUGGCUUGAGGCAUUGCAUGCAUUGGAUAUAUCUGCACAGUGUAUUUUUUUAUAGUGCUGACCUUUGUUGUUCUAAAUGUUUGAUGAGCUCAGGUCACAAUUGGCUGAAGUCAGCACUCCUGGAAAAACGGGUGCCGAAAUGUGGGAUGAGUGCUCAUUUCCCUGCUCCACCAGGACCUGGGGCCCUCCAAUGCAUUAGGGCUGAGAAGCACACCCUGAUCUACCGUAAUAAGGGAGAGUGGAGAUAUGAGUAAGUCAAGCACUGCCAAGAGGAACUUGCUUCAUCAAGCAGGAUUCUUUUUCCUUUUUGUAUUUAAAGCUUUUGACAUUUAAAAUCAACUCCAGCUUACUGAAACAUAAUGCAAAUGAACCCACAUUGCAUACUGCUGAUGUAAGCAUUUUGUUUUCUGCCAGUAAGAAAGCUACUUUUUUUUUUUUUUUAGGGAAAAAAGGCAAUGCUAGAAUUGUACUCAUGUGUUGACUGUUUCUUUAAUUAAUGGUGAUUUAUGAUGGAUUUUACAGCUAGUAAUAGUUGGCACCUGGUUGCAAGGCUUGCAAAUCAAACUCUGAAACAAUCCUAAUGCAUGUAAUGGUGGCGUCCACUGUCUGUGUGAAACUGGAAGGGCUUUCCUUCUAACAUCACAAUCACUGGAGGACAUUACCCUGAAUAAUGAAUUUCCAAGUUAAAGGGAUACUCGUAUGUCAUUUACAUGUUCCUGAUAUUUUUAUUUCUUACCUGUUGUGUGUUCUGUGGGAUUCUCUUGUUUCUCAUGCUUGCUAAUUAUUCCGGCAAAACUUGUAUCUGAAAAAAGACCUGAUAGCUGAGCAAGUGAGGUGGGAAAGGGUGUUAGCGUUGCACAGGCUGCAUGCGCAGUGCUUCUCCUAUGGGCUUUGCACACCGCGCAACGCUAAUAUGCUUCCAAACCUCACUUCCUUUCAAUCAGCAUUGAGGAAUGCUUUCUGAAGCAAUUUUGGCUGGAAUAGUUAGUAAGCAUGGCAAAUGCCGUAAUGAUCUCGGCAGAAACAACUAUAGAUAAUCAUACAGAACACACGUACCAGGAUAUAACAGGUAAUUCAUUAAGAUGUAGAUGACCUAACAUCUCUUUGUCCAGCACUCAGUGUUGUUAAUUCAAAUAGGUAGUGUAACAAAGCCAUAGUACUGUGUCAUAAUGCUCUUUCAUGUUACUUAUCAGACCAGUUUGUACUUUAUUGUGGUUGACUUUGUUCAAACAAUUAGUGUUCAGUUGCUGUUUUAUGAAUCAGACAUGUUACUUCGUACAGUUAAGAAAGUGUGAAAUACAGAACACCAUUGUGGCUUCCAUGUUUGUUUUCAUGAGUACUAUCAUGGUCAUAACAUGUUUAUUUGCUUUAUUUUAGUUUAUGUAUUUGGUAGAUAUAAUUAAUUUGUUCACAAUCAUGAUACUAGUGGUUUUUUAACUGGGUAAUUUAAUCUAACACACAUUAUUCUGCAGUAUAAACACAGGCUAAAUUAAAGUGUACUCUUGUGUUAAGUGGUAGGAUGCAGUUGGUUUAAUUACUUCGUAAUGAUGGUGAGAGUUGGAUUUUAAUCCUAUGUUGCACUGUUUCCUUUACACUUAACAUUUUAUAAAUAUUGUCAGCAUUUGGUAACCGCUAACUCCUUCAAUGAGAUUAGCCAGUGCUUGGUAUGUUUAAGGGUUGACUGAUUGUAUUUUCAUCUGUGAACGUUUUAAUGUGUGCUAAAAUUAUAUCAUAUUGCAUGUGCUUCAUCAGUACAUUAUUGAUUAAUGCUUUUGUCCAGCUUGCUAGAUGCUCCAGCUAUAUGAAUCAAAAUAACCCUGCAAAUGAUUAAGCUGGAUUUUGACUAAUUGUAACUAAUUUGGCUGAGUUUGGACUGCAACAUAGUGUUAAACAAAUGAUUCUGCCAAAGUGCAAUUUUGAGCCCUAUUUUAGGCAGCAGUCUGAACAAAUCCGUAUGUGGAGAGACAGGGUGAUGCCAAUCCACGGACUGCAUUAUAACUACCCCACAGUUCAAAAUCACAAAUUACAGGGUUGUUCUGGUGACAUUGUGAUGAUGGCAAUGCAGUAUCUCUUUUAUGAUUGUUUCAUAAUGUUCUAAAACAUCUUCAUUUUAUGAAAAAAAUGAAUUAAGGAUCACAAGAAUUUUUGUAAUCAAUUAUGGGGACUUUCAUCCGGUCCCCUAAAUCUAAAUGAUACAGAAUUGAAACAUGCUUUUAGUCAAUUUGCUUUAUGAGUUGUGCAAAUGGAAUGAUGUGCUUUAUGAGUUGUGCAAAUGGCAAUUGUGAUAAUGGUUACUCAGGUUUUAAUGCUUCCUUGUUAAUGUAUUGUUAACCUUUUUUUGGUGGGAGGGAGGGUGUGUGUAUGAAGAAAGUCUGUGUUCAGACUGGCUGGUGUACAGAAGUCAGGAUUUAUUUGUUUUAUGUCAUUCUAACAUAAAACGUUUUAACCACUUUUUUUAUUUUGUAUAACUUUUUUACCAAACAAAUCUGAAGGCAACUCCUUUUAAGACAGUGAGCUGCAUUAGACAGUAAACAUACAUGUAAUGUUCAGAGAUUGGAGGUGAAGGGUCUGAGAUCGCACCAACUCCAGGACCAGACUAUAUGUUUUAAAGUUCAGAGGCAACACUUUGAAGUUUAAGACCCUGUGUGUAACCCAUUCCACUGGUUCCCCUCCAGUGACCAAACAUUCAACGCUGUAGCACUAAUCACCAAUAAUCUGAUAUAACAUUACACAUAAUACUGGGGCUUGGAUGUUAUUUACAUAGAUAUGGGCUGAGCGCCUUUUUACUCUACAGUAUUUGGCUUAAAAGAAACAGUAUUAAGCCUUUGGCAGCUUUGUAAGUGUUCUUGUAUUUAUUAAAAUUGAACGUGUGGGGAGAAAAUCGUCAGUGGAGGUUCCAAGUAUAAGCUAUUGGAUCCCUGAAGAAACUCGAUAUAGUGUGUGGGAGGCAACUGUGAAUGGAUUCUGUAACCUAUAAAGUAAAUACAACUUUUAACCACGGAAAAUGGUCAGCCAUUUACUGUAAAAGAGAUACUGCAUUUUCUAAUGAGGGAAACGCUUUUAAAAGUAUAGCGUGUCAUAGUGCAAGAGAUUGAGCACAGCUAUGCUGUUGACACGCUGAUUUCCUUAUAUCGUUUAUCAAGGACUUUGUGUAGGGUAGCUGGAGUAAUUUCAAAACAUUCAGCUACUAUCUUUGCUUUAAAAUAAGAGAAUGCUAUAUUGUUUGCAUCUUCUGUCUCAACUUUUCAUUAGUAUGCAAAAUGGAUGCUAAAUAUAUAAUUGAAAUGAAUUGAGUGGUCACCUAAACAAGUUAGACAUGCCACAACUAUUUUCAUAGUUCUUGUUUGUGAUCCACAGCCUAAUACCUGCUGUGUGUUAACUUGUUUUGGCAACUGUUCGGGCGUUCACUGUUAAAAUAACGCACCAUUUGUUUUACCAGUACCGUAGCCUUUUUUAUUUAUUUUUUUUGUUCAAUUUCAAGUUGUAAAAUGUAAAAACGUUUGUGUCAGGGAUAUUUUAUAAUGUAGAAUUUACAGUACUGUAUUGCUUUUCACUUUUUUGGGCAUUAGUUGCUUAAUAUUUAAGCUGCGGUUCACUGUUGAGUUUGUGUCUGCAUAUCAAGAUUUCCCCCCCUUUAUAUUCCCCUCCUUAUUUUAUGAAGUUAAAAAAAAGAAAACGAAAAUGAAAACAUGUGAUUCAGCUUUAAAGUUUGCUUCAAACUGAAUGUUUUAUGAAUGUUGUGUAACAAUUAUUCAAAUAAAAAUGAAUCAUA